GGGAGGAAGCAAAAAACCAAAAGAAAGCAUCUUACACAAGUUUUUGGAACAGAAAGUGACAGUCUCCAAAAUGAACAACUAUGCACAUUGCAUCAAACCAGAAUAAGCAUACAGUGACAAAUAAAGAAACAAUCUCAGAUGGGGUUGAAAAAGAUGCAAUUGGAGACACCAUGGAAAAAGAAUACACCACUCUUGAAACAGUGACAUAUGUUUCUGACCAUGAAGAUUUUGAUGGCAUUAUUUCAAAUGAAGAAUAUCCUACUUUCAUACAAACUAUUGAGGAUUCUGAUUUUUCAAAUGUGUCAUCUGUGUUAUCCAAUACUUGUAGAACGCCAAAUCCUGAAGUUUCUAGUGUGUUUGAAAUUCCUUCCAAUUCUGAGGUAGCCAAUGAUAAUGGUGAAGACUUACAUUUUGAUUCCUUUGUGGAAUACAACUCUAUCAUGAAGUUGGGAAUACAAGACAUCGUCCACAAUUUGGAAAGUUUAAAUAGCAAUGUGCUAAAAAUGGUGCAGAAACAGGAAGACAUGUUUUUAAAUUUCAAAAACACACUGGGCUCAAUUGCCAAUUCUUUUAGUAUUUUAGUAGAUUUAAAGGCUCAGAAAUAUAAUGCAGACAAUAGCUCUAACUACACCUUGAAAAACACUUAUAGCAAUGACAUCAAUGGCGAGUGUGGGGCUCCGGAAGGAGAAUUGGCACAAGAUACAGAGAAGGUGCUACCUAAAAAAUUGAUGAAAAGAAAAAAACAUAGGAAACUUUUAAAAAACAGAGUCAUAUUUUAUUGAGCAUGUCUUCCUUAAAAGUAGGCACCAUAUGUUAAAAGUUUUUGGUGGCUAAAUUUGAAAAUCCUCAAAGUUUGAGAAGGAAUUCAUAACACACAAAGUUAAU